ACUGGGGGACUGUCUCGUUAAAACCGUGAAAGGUCUGCAGAUGUGCUCUGGAAAAACUUGCCUUUCCAUCACUCUACUUCCGCAUCAAACAUGCGUUUAACACUCAACAUGUCCUGCUGAGCACAACAACACUGAAGUAAGUGCUAUUUGCAUCGGUUUGCAUGUUUUCAACAUUAACUUUAAAGGAACAUCUGCCUGAGACGCAGCAGCAGACUGCAGAGAUCAUAUGGAGGGGAAACUGGACAUGGAUGAUGUUUCUCCAUCCCAUCAUCAGCAUCAGCGGGGCUUGUGGAAAUCCUUCCACGGCAGACCCAAACUCACCGGCAGCCCCAAACUGGGCAAAAAAGACCGAAAGCAAGAAAGCGGGUUUUGGAUAUUUAAAAAGAAACGACCAAAUGGUUUGGACCGAGCGGUGUCUUCGUCUCAACCCAAUCUGCACAGCGCGGCAGCCGCUCCGGAUGGUGGUGAGAGCGGGAAGACGCGCCGCGGCUUGCCUGAGCUGGGUGUCGGUACGGCGGCCGUAGCAGCAGCGUCGCUCGGUGCGGAGAUCCAGAUGCUGAAAAGAACCGUCAGCUCCAAACCGACGCUCUCCCAGGUGUUGCAGUCUCAACAUAAACCUGCUCUGCAAGGGUCCACAUGCACUGAUGAUGCUACGAUGAAUGGUAACGAGGAAGAGAUCAAUAAAAGUGCGGGCAUUAAUGCAGCUGGUAAUGGUGGAACACAGCCUUCACUGCCCACUUCAGCAAUGUACCAGUUAGACAUCGUGCUGAAAAAAGGAAACAACCUUGCCAUUCGAGACAGAGGCGGAACAAGUGACCCAUAUGUGAAGUUCAAAAUAGCCGGCAAAGAAGUUUUCCGUAGUAAAAUCAUCCACAAGAACCUUAACCCAGUUUGGGACGAGCGUGUUUGUCUGAUAGUGGACAAUUUACAAGAGCCUCUGUAUAUUAAGGUGUUUGACUAUGAUUUUGGCCUUCAAGAUGAUUUUAUGGGCUCAGCUUACCUGUACCUUGAUUCUCUGGAACUGCAGAGGCCUGUUGAUGUUCGGUUAGACCUUCAAGAUCCUCACUGCCCUGAUCAGGACCUGGGGUCUCUGGAGCUGGCGGUCACUCUGUUCCAAAGAAGUACAGAGGACAGAGAGGCCCUCCGACAGGCUACCAUGCUAUUGAGGAGAAGCUGGAAGCAAUGCAGUAAGCAGCAGCAGAAUCUUCGGCUGUCGGACCUGCACAGAAAGUCUCAGCUGGGGAGGGGCAUCGUGAGCAUCAGACUCAUGGAGGGUCGUAACCUCAUCCCCAUGGACCAGAACGGCCUGAGUGACCCUUACGUCAAGUUCAAACUAGGCCCUCUGAAGUACAAGAGUAAGACAAUUCCCAAGACCCUCAACCCUCAGUGGAGGGAGCAGUUCGACUUGCAUCUGUAUGACGAGGAGGGAGGCAUUCUGGAGAUCUCCGUUUGGGAUAAAGACAUUGGAAGAAGAGACGACUUCAUCGGCCAGUGUCAGCUGGACCUGUCCAAGUUGAGCAGAGAGAAGACACAUAAGCUGGAACUUGAGCUGGAGGAGCAUAAAGGGAUGCUGGUACUGCUGGUGACUCUGACCGCCACAGUCGCGGUCUCCAUCUCUGACCUGUCUGUCAACCUACUGGACGACCCACAUGAACGCCAGCAGAUCAUUAAGAGAUAUAGUCCAUUAAGGUGGUUCUUUAACCUGAAGGAUGUCGGAAUCGUGCAAGUGAAGAUCCUGCGGGCCGAGGGGCUGAUGGCUGCUGAUGUCACAGGAAAGAGUGACCCGUUCUGCAUUGCGGAGUUGUGUAAUGACCGUCUGCAAACACACACGGUCUACAAGACACUGAACCCCGAGUGGAAUAAAGUCUUCACCUUUAACGUGAAAGACAUUCACUCGGUGCUGGAGAUCACCGUGUACGACGAGGACAGAGACCGCAGUGCUGACUUCCUGGGUAAAGUGGCCAUCCCGUUAUUAAACAUCCGCAACAGCGAACAGAAGGCCUACGUCUUAAAAAACAAGGAGCUGACAGGUCCAACAAAGGGGGUCAUCUUUCUCGAAGCAGACACCAUCUUCAACGCCGUGAAAGCCAGUUUGCGGACGUUCGUUCCACCAGAACAGAAGUACAUCGAAGAGGAGGCCAAAGUCUCUAAACAGAUGCUGCAGCAGAAUUUUAACCGAGUGAAGCGCUGCGUUCUCUUCCUCAUUAACGUGGGCUCCUACAUCAACAGCUGUUUUCAAUGGGAGUCCCCCCGCAGGAGUUUAUGUGCUUUCUUGAUCUUUGUGGUGGUGGUUUGGAAUUUCGAGAUCUACAUGGUUCCAUUGUCCCUGCUGCUGCUGCUGGCCUGGAAUUACUUCCUGCUGGGGAAGGAGUCGCGCGAGGGGAGCGUGCAAGCGAUGGAGGACCUUCUUGAGGAUGCGGAUGAAGAAUAUGACAAAGAUGACAAGGACUCAGAGAAAAAGGGCUUCUUGGACAAACUCUAUGUGGUUCAAGAUGUGAUCAUAACGGUUCAAAACGCUCUGGAUGAAGUGGCCUGCUUUGGGGAACGAGUGAAGAACACGUUUAACUGGUCUGUGCCUUUUCUGAGCUGGUUAGCCAUAACGGUGCUAUGUGCCGGUGCCACGCUAAUAUACUUUAUCCCACUACGAUUCAUUGUGCUGGUCUGGGGUAUCAAUAAAUUCAUCAAAAAACUUCGGGACCCCUACAUCAUUGAGACCAAUGAGCUGCUGGACUUCCUGUCUAGAGUUCCAUCAGAUGUUCAGUUGGUUCAAUACAAAGAUCUCAAACCAGAGACUUCUCAGAGUCCCAGCAAGAAAAGGAGGAACAACCCCGGAUAGAUCUUGAACUGUGACAUUACGUUUCUAAAUCAACAGCCUCCAAAGCACCGUUCACGUACAAAACACUGUGAAUGUUGCAAAGACUUUCAAAAGGAGAUUGUUUUAAAAAGAAAGAAAUAUUUCUAGCAUUAUUUAUGCAAACUUGCACAACUAUAAUAGCACAAAACUCAACUGUUCAUAAAAUGUGCUUUUGACUAUUUAUAGCUAUUCCCAUUUUUAUUCUGUCACUGAUUCACAAUCAGUGUCUUGAACAUUUUUAUUGAAAGAGAUUUAUGUGAAGAAAAAUGCUGCAAACCAGAUUCAAACUUGUGUCGCCCACGUGAGCACCAUAGCUCAAAAAACAUGUGCCUAACACUUGGUCACAGCUCCAACAGUCAGUUGAGACUAUAUAACGUAGAUUCUGGUGCAAAAAUAUCAGCCUGAAAAUGUCUUUCGUCUGCAUAAUUGAAUGUAUUAAAUGCAACUGGUCUGACCACAGCGGUUUUUUUCUUGAAAACACGCCAAAACUUUACAGUGAACUUUGCACCUUUGAGGUCACUCUUCAAAGCAUUUUCCUUAGAUAAUUAUUUUUAUCCACAAGCACAUAUCAUAUGGAGAAGCUGCAUGCUGUGCAUCUAAAGUGAAAGAAUGUAUGUGUGCAUGUAAAAAAAGGUGACUGUAAAUAUACAAUGUGAAAACAUUUUUUAUGUUGUUCUGGACAUGUUUACCCAUGACAGAUGUCAUAUGCUAUGAUCACUGUUCAUAUGCUAUGAUGAAUGAUGAAAUGGUGUUUAAUUGUAAUAUUUGUACAUUGUGUUGCUUGUUAAUGAUUCGUCAAUGGUCUAUGAGUAUGUAACUGUUAAGCUGAUAUACUCAAGGACAUAAAUUGUUAUUAGUUGGAGAAAAAGAAAAGGCAUGUUUAUGCAGGGCUGAAACCAACCAAUGAAAACCUCUCUCUGUGAUUUUUUUGGUCAUUUAUUUUCCACAACUAUGAAAUAAGACUUUUUUUCUGAAUGUUGCUGGUUUUAUUUGUAUUUAUUGGUCUUCAAAAGAUGAAACGUGAAAUCACAUUUGCAAUCCAUUUUACUUCUGCACUGUACUUGUAAUUUACUAAAUAAAAUGUAGGGCAGGACUUG